GUAACCGGUAACCAGGACAAAGGGAAAGCACAAGCAAAAUGUCUCGCCGGCGGCGAGGAGGCUCCGAUUCGGACGGCGAUGACGACAGCUUCCUCUACCGGUACCCUCUCCCCUCCGCCGCCGCAUCUUCGAGCGCCCCCGGGGGAGGCGGCGGCAAGCUCCGCGGUGGGGGCAGCGGCGGAGGCGGGGGUUCCGGUGGCCUCGCGCCGUCCAAGUCGACGGUGUACGUGUCCAACCUGGACUUCGCGCUCACCAACUCUGACCUCCACCUCCUCUUCUCCCGGUUCGGCCGCGUCGCGCGCGUCUCCGUCCUCAAGGACCGCGACUCCAGGCGCAGCCGCGGGGUCGCUUUCGUCCUCUUCGUCCGCCGCGAGGACGCCGCGGCCGCGGCAGCCGAGAUGCACGGCAAGGUGCUCAACGGGCGCACGCUCUCCGCCUCCAUCGCCGUCGACAACGGCCGUGCCGUGGAGUUCAUCCGCCGCCGCGUGUACCGCGACAAGUCGCGGUGCUACGAGUGCGGCGAGGAGGGGCACCUCUCCUAUGAGUGCCCCCGCAACCAGCUCGGGCCCCGCGAGAGGCCCGCGCCGUCUAAGAAGUCGCGCCGCGGCGGCGGCGGCGGUGGCGGCGGUGGUCGAGGGGGAGGGGGAGGUGGGGUUGCCUGGCACUCGGACGACGACGAGGAGGCCGCCGCCACGGCCUUCGAGGACGACAGGUGGGCGUCGGUGGUGGAUACGAGGGGAGAGGAAGAGAAGUCGGCUGGGAAGGAUGCUGGGAAGGCGAAGGCGGCGAGGAAGGAGAAGAGGAGAGGUUACUUCAGCGACGAGAGUGACGAGGAAGACGACUAAGAUAUCCUGGUUUGGAAGAAAAGUGUGAAUCUUGGAGUUGCAAGGAUGGACUCCAGUCCAGAUGUCAGCGUUAGUGAUUUUUGGGAUGGUUUCCAGGAUCUGGUGGAGAGGUGAAUGCCAGCACACUUGAGUAUUAACUGCUUAGGUCAGAACCAGUAGUAUUGUUUGUUAUGCAAGAGUUUUGACUUCAGGAAAUGUGAGAGCUUUUUGUGGGCUAAGCAAGGAAAGACACAUACACUAGAAAAAUCUGUUUAGUACCUUGUUUUUCGAGUUGUUGGUUGCUGUUACAUAUGCAGUGAUUUAGUUGCUUGCCUCAUAUUUUCAUCUUCAGGAAUUAACUUCUCAAUUGUAGAAGCGGUUUAUUAGUCUCUGCAUUUGAAAUAUGCAUGAUAUGGUUGGCACAAUACUCCUGCAUUAUUUGACUAUGGAGGUUUAUAAUGUAGAGACGUAUUUGUUAUAUGAACCUCUCAGUGAAAGAAUGUAUCCUUUAGAUUUUGUUUCAUCUGCGUAGCAUACACAAACACAAUAUGUUGACCCCAGUUGAAUUUAUUAUAUAUUGUUUUGGCAUUUGUUGCUUUCAUGUGCUAGUUAUUAGAAUGGUAACAUAAUCUAAUCUUUAUACAAUUGGCGUGCCAAACACUCAGCAAGUGAAAGCUUCGUAAAGAAAAGGAACUUUAGAAAAAGUCUGUAAUGUCUACAGUAGCAGACAUUCUUUCCUGUCAUGUAGCAUGAGUGUACCAUACAAUUUUUUUUAUAAAAAAAACAGACAAACAAAUUGAACAAAGUGAGUAUCCUAUCAUCCUAUUUCUAGAACUAAUCCUUGCUGCAGAAAAUUGCAAUUUCAGAAGCAGAACUUCAUGUCCAUUGAACAGAGCAUGCUGGUCACUCAGGCAAUGAAGGAAUCAGGAAUGUUGUCAGAACUGGCAAAGCUGAUCAAUCAUCCGAAAACAGCCUUCAAGGAUUGUUGCACAACGGUAUUCCAAGAACCAAAACAUACUUGGAGAGUUGGAGCAAAUCUGAUUUUUAGAUACUUCACCCUAUCAACACAAUCAAUUGCAUUGUCUUUCAUAGAUUCAGAUUCUGAAUAGGGCUGUCUUUUACAGGAUUUCCUGACUUCAUCAGACCAAUUAUACCCUGUGGUGCAUGUUUUGUUGGACCACCGCUACACGAGGGGCUUGAAUCAGAAUUGUGGCUGCACGAUGAGUGUGAGUGUGAAGUUGAUGGCACAAUGCUGUUUGAUUUGUGGUGUUGGUGCUUGUCAAAGUUGGUAAGAUUGCUCUGAUUAGUUGGAGGAGCGGUGUUACUUCCUGACAAAUUGUUUUCAGAUGAUAUUGAGGUGUUUGUGAGAUCCUUGUACAAGGUGUUGAGCUGGAAAGAUGUCUCUGCUCCAUGAACCGAAUCAAUGAUCUGUUGAAGCUUUCUUA